AUCAACUUGGCACAAUCUAGCAAGUUGUUCUGUUAUAUUUGAGCCAGACUUAAGAUUUUUUAAAUCUGGACUGGAACAAAGGAAGACAGAUAGCAUGGUGACAGUGUUAGAGGCAUCAAGAAUCAGCAAACAUAGUCGUAGUAGAAAUCAUGAGGUUAAGAACACAAUACAAGUUAGAAAAGUAAGAAGAAGAGAACCUUCGCCUAAAAUUUUCUCUCUGUUUGAUUCAAGCUCUGGUUCUUCUGAUACAUUUUCAUGGCCAACAGAUGGUGAACAAGAAGCUGUUCGCCCUCUUAUAGUAAGAAUUGCUAAUACUAGAGUUCUUGGACAGCAUGGUGGUGAGCUGCUUUUAGAUCUGAAAAGAUACCAAGAAUCCUCAACAGAAUCACAAUUGACCAUACCAGGCAUGAUUAUUGACCAAACAAAGGUCAUUUUCACUGUGCUUGUUAUGUCAAGGACUCAUCUGAACAAACUGAAAAAUAAUCAACUACUUCAAAAUGAUGACCGAGCUGUGAUUUACUAUUCUAAGCCUUUAGAUAUUUUAUCAGAGGAAUCAAGAUCUGUUUUGAUUGAAAAUUUUAUGAGACUUAACAAUGUGUAAUCUUUUAAGAAAGUGUUCAAGACUUACUAGUUAAACAAGAAAUAAAGCUUUGUGUCAUGUGAAAAUUGGUUAACAUGGUUAAGGAGUAGGUUCAGUUGGACCCCUUUUUGGCCCCAGCAUAUAGCUGUUUUACAAAAUUGUUGAAAUACAAACUAUAAGCUAUUAAUCGGAAAGAAGAACACUUCUGUUACAUAAAUAUGGGCUGAUUUAGACAACACAAUGUACAAGUAUUGGGUCCUCGCAUCAUUAAGUAAUGCUAAAUUACUGAAAUCUUCACAAUUUUAGCAUUUGAGUUAAUUUUUAGACAGUUUCGGACUUAAGGAUGUGGCUGCAUUUGUGUUCAUUCCUUAUAUCUAAAUAUAAAUUGUAUUUGAUGAUAAUACAUAAUAUAUAUAAAGGUUGAGGAUGAACACCAAUGCAGGCACCUUUAUUUGUGACAAAAAAAACAUUUGAUAAAAGACAUAUUAUGGCAUAUUUUACCAAAAAAAUAUAUUUAAGCUUGAAUUUGAGGGUCUUUGAUGAAUAGUUCAGUUCAAAUCUUUCACAUAAAUUAUUAAAUCUACCAAAGCAGUUACUUAAGUGUUUAAAAAGUGUCCAAAAUCUUUCUUAAGAUGAAUCUAAAAUUUGGGGCCAGAAUUGGUCAUACAGGACAUACUCCUUUCUGUGAAUUAAAGUAAGCAGUAACAUCACUAUCAAAUACUCAUGACAGUUUUAUAUAUUUUGAUCUUAAAGGGUAUAUUCUGUUAUUCUGAAAGAUCUAUCUAAAGUGAAAAGGCUCUGUUUAUUGCAGUAUCAUUUAAUUCUUGUUGAUACAUAAAUAUGGGCUGAUUUAGACAAUACAAUGCUCAUUUAUUGGGUACUCGCAUCAUUAAGUAAUGCUAAGUUACUGAAAUCUUCACAAUAUAAGCAUUUGAGUUAAUUUUUAGACAGUUUCCAACAUAAGGAUGUGGCGCUGCAUUUGUGUUUAUUCCUUAUUUCUAAAAAUAAAUUGUAUUUGAUGAUAAAACAUAACAUAUAUAAAGGUUGAGGAUGAACAUAGAUGCAGCCACCUUUAUUUUUGACAAAAAACAUACUAUAAAAGACAUGUUAUGGCAUAUUUUAUAAAAAAUAUUUAAGCUUGAAUUUGAGCGUCUUUAAUGAAUAGUUCAGUUCAAAUCUUUCACAUAAAUUAUUUAAAUCUACCAAAGUUGUUACUUAAGUGUUUAAAAGGGGCCAAAAUCUUUCUUAAGAUGAACCUAAACUUUGGGGCCAAAAUGGGCCCAUACCUGACCUACUCCUUUAUGUGAAUUGAAGUAAGCAGUAAUACCGUAUAGCGGGUUAUUUUCGUGGGUGUAAAAUUUUGCGAUUUUCAUUGAAUAAGGUAUACGAAAAAUUUUGGCGGUUAUUAUUUUGGUGGAUUCAACAUUUUUAACAUUACCUUUGCAUGUACACAUUUAAAUUGGCGGAAUUUAUUUUGGCGAUUUUGUUCUAUCCGCAAAAAUAAGCGAAAAUUUACACCCCGCAAAAAUAACCCGCUAUACGGUAUCACUAUCAAAGACAUAUGACAGUUUUAUGUGUUUUGAUAGGGUAUAUUCUAUUAUUCUGAAAGAUCUAUCUUAAGUGAAAAGGCUCUGUUUAUUGCAGUAACAUUUAAUUCUUGUUGAUUUAUUAUUAUAUAUCAUAGUUUAUGAAUCUACCAAUUUUCACAAUAUUUACUUGAACUUGCAAACUAUAACAGGUGUACCCAGCAUUUCAUUGUUAAAUUGUAAAUUAAUUUACCUGUAACCUGUUAAAUUUUUUAAAAGUUCAUUUAAAUUUCUUUGUGGAUAAUACUAUACCACUGCAAAAAUUAACCAUUUUUGGUCGUAUAUUAGUAUCAAGUUGUCCUCAGUGGCGGCAUCUUCGUCAGCGUCGUCUGAAGACAGAUGGUUUCCGGAUAAUAACUUUAGUAUAAGUAAAUAGAAAUCAAUAAAAUUUCAAAACAAUGUUUAUAACCACAAAAGGAAGGAUGGGAUUGAUUUUGGGGGUUUAAUUGUAUCGUAUGUUUAGGAAUGAGGGGCCAAAUAAGCAUUUAUGUAGUUUUCAAUCAAUAACUUGUAUAAGUGUAUAAAUCUCUCUGAAAUUAUACCGUAAGUUUCCACACUACAAAGGGAUGUUUAGGGGGUGGGGGUGUUGGGGAUGGUUAUGGCUCAAAUCAUUUAGCAAUUAGGGGCAAAAAAGGAGAAAACAAGGUUUUUCUGGUUUAAGGACAAUUUAAACAAUUUAAAAGCAAUGUAGGGGAGGUAAUCCAAUUGAAAUAUUAAGAAUACUGUUAUAUAUAUGUUUGAUUACUUGAUUACCUCCCUUACACUGCUUGAAAAUAAUGUAUUAAGAAAGGAUGAUUGUCUUGAGAUUUGUUGCUGUAAAUUUAUUUUUAGAAGUUACUGUUAAUUAGUAUUAAUUUUAACCAUGACUGUAUGUCAUUUUAUAUUUUAAUAUUUUAUGAUGUAUAUAAAUGAGUAGUUAUUGUUGCCAAUGCCAUUAGAAAUUUGAAUUAAGAUUAAUUUUGGAAUAAGGGAUAGGGUGAGGUGAAUAAAAAUUAAGGGGGGGGGGGGGUUAAAAUUUUCUCAUUUCAGAUUUCAGAAAUUCAAAAGAAUUUUUCUUGAAAUACUUUUUUUAAGGGGAUUAAUAUUCAACAGCAUAGUUUUAAUCAUUUUAAAUUGCCUACAGGACAAGGUUAGUUUUUUUUUGGCAGUGCCAAAUCAUCGAGAUUUAACCAAACUUAAUUAUCAUUAGGGUAUUAAGUUUAAAAAAUGUGUGUGGUGAGCCAGCCAACCAACCAAUAUGGCCCCCAUGGCUAAAAAUAGAACAUAGGGGUAAAAUGUAGAUUUUGGCUUAUAACACUGAAACCAAAGCAUUAAGAGCAAAUCUGAUAAGGGGUUAAAUUUUUCAUCAAGUCAAUAUAUAUAUUUCCGCCCUGAAAUUUGCAGAUGAAUUGGACAACUGGUUGUUGGGUUGCUGCCCCCAAUUGUUAAUUUUUUUUAUAAAUCCGUUUUUGGUUAUUAUCUUGAAUACUAUUAUAGAUAGUGAUAAACUGUAAACAGCAAUAAUGUUCAGCAGAGUAAGAUCUACAAAUAAGUCAACAUGACCAAGUUGGUCAGUUGACCCCUUAAGGAGGUAUUCCUGUUUAUAGUCAAUUUUAAGCAAUUUUCAUUAAUUUGGUAAAUUUUGGUAAAUUUUUACAAAAUAUUUUCCUCUGUUACUGAAGGGCCAAGUUUAUUAUUGAUAGGAAAAAUUGUAAGUAGCAAGAAUGUUCAGUAAAGUAAGAUCUUCAAACACAUCACCAUCGCCAAAGCAAAGUUUUGUCAUGAAUCCAUCUGUGUCCUUUGUUUAAUUAAUAUGUACAUACAUUGUAGACCAAGGUGAUCGACUCAGCUGAGCCUCUAGUUAUAUGUUCUGAUGACUACAAUUUUCUUCUUAAAUUUGCCAAAUUUUGUAAAAUGUUCUUUUCAAUAUAAAUUAAUUUUACCUUCUUCAAAUUCAAUAAAACAUUACGCUUUUGACUACUGCAUACAAUACUGUCAAUUCAUUCAUUAUUGUUUUGUAUAAAUGUUAUUGUUGUUGUUACUGUUUAUAUUUACAUACCCUUAAAUGGGUCUUAAGAAAUAAAAGUUUAAAGUUU